AUGGCUUCAUUUCCUACAGGUCCUGAUUUGAGAAUUGUGAUGAUUGGAAAAACUGGUGUGGGCAAAAGUGCUGUUGGAAACAACAUCCUGGGAGACAAUUACUUUGAAUCCCAACCCUGGUCUAAGUCAGUGACUCAGUUCUGUCAAAAAGGUGUGACACGCUGGGGUAACAGAGUGGUUAGUGUGAUAGACACACCGGGGAUCCUGGACACGUCAAAAUCUGCAGAAUUCAUCAAAAAAGAAAUAGUGAGAUGUGUCAAAGUCUCAUGUCCUGGUCCUCAUGUGUUCCUGCUGGUCAUCCAAGUUGGUCGAUUCACCACUGAAGAGAAAAACUCAGUGGAAGCUCUGCAACAGCUGUUUGGUCCAAAAGCAAACCAGUACAUGAUCGUGCUGUUUACCCGUGGUGAUGAUCUUGGAAACAGGACCAUACAACAGUAUCUACAUCAUGGCGACUCAGACCUCCUACGAGUCGUCCAGAGCUGUGGAAACAGGUUCCACGUCUUUGACAACACCAAAAGAGACAGAAAGCAAGUGGUGCAGCUGAUCAAGAAGAUCGAUGACAUGGUUGCUGGAAACGGGCUGACAUACUACACAGAUGCCAUGUAUCAACAAGUUCAGGACAUCGCAAAAAAACAUAACGUGAAAGCAGAAAACUUGGGCGAUGACAAGCUUACAUUUCUUGGUGCAUUGCUGCAACGUGUUAUCAAUUUCCUCAAAAUACUUCGUAAACGGUAA